CCAUGAAGCGCUUCCUCUUCAUCAGAUGUAAAUAUUUUACAGUCCUAGCUUUCGUUGGUUGCUGCUUAACAUUCAUGUUCUCUUCCUCUGGAAAUGACGAAAAAUUGUAUAGAAACCGAAUCGCCUCCCUGACUAGAAUGGUAUCCGACAUGCAGUCAUUGCUGUCUAGAACGGGACUCUCAGCUGUGGUUGGAAUGGAAGUAGUUAUUGAGACAACUGCAAAAAUAGAUUUUCUCCUUGUGGCGACAGAGUUUGAUAGUCUUGACUAUCGAGAUUCAUAUAUUGCUCCUAAUAUUCGUGCUGCUAUCGGAAAGGAAAACUGCGUCAUAGAAAGUGAAACCAGUGGAGCGGAUAUUCAAGUAGUGGAUUUGUACCGAAAUAUGGACAUCGCCAGUGCUCAAUCCGGACACUGGAUGGACAAGGCUAUCAAUUGGACGUGGGAUAGUGAAUCGUUCAAGCAGCGAAAACUAGAGGUCAUUAUGAUGCCACAUUCGCAUAAUGAUCCUGGCUGGUUGAAGACAUUCGAACAAUAUUUUGAACAAGACACGAAUGGCAUCUUAAAUAACAUAGUCAAUUUUCUGGAACAAAAAGAAACGAGAAAGUUCAGUUGGGCUGAAAUAUCGUUUUUCUCCAUGUGGUGGGAGAGAGCUAACGACAACCAGCGAGCCCGAAUGAAGGCUCUGGUAGCCUCGGGCCGAGUGGAGUUCAUCACUGCGGGAUGGGUAAUGGAAGACGAAGCAAACACUUACCUAUACGCUAUGGUUGACCAGAUGAUAGAGGGGAACCAUUUUAUUAAAGAUCACUUGGGAGCCAAAGCUAAAUCAGCAUGGUCAAUAGAUCCUUUUGGUCAGAGUUCAACUGUGGCUUAUUUGCGAAAGCGAAUGGGAUUCUCAAACAUGGUGAUUCAAAGGACACACUACUUGGUGAAAAAGUACCUGGCGUCCAAGAAGAAUCUGGAGUUCAGUUGGAGACAGAAUUGGGAUCCAAGAGGAGACAAUGAUAUGUUCACGCAUAUGAUGACAUUCAGCUCCUAUUGUACCUUGGAUCAAUGUGGACCGGAUAAACCGACAUGUUGCCAGUUUGAUUUCGCCAGAAUGGCAUCAGGACAAACGUGGGGCUGUCAGGGUAACAAGCCCGUUGUGGUCACACCUUAUAACGUGGCAGAGAGAUCGGCUAAGCUGGUGGAUCAGUUCAAAAAGAAGUCGACUAUCUACCGGUCCAAUGUCAUUCUGGUGGCUGUUGGACAAGAUUUCUCGUUCCGGACUGUGGGUGAGGCGCGCCAUGUGUUUGAGAACAAUGAGAUGAUAAUGGACUUUGUGAACUCACACCCCGAGUUCAACACCCACAUCAAGUGGGGCACUCUGAGCGACUACUUCGAACUUGCACACAGUCGUCUGCGCCCAUCUGAUAUACCACAUUUGAGUGGUGAUUUCUUCACCUACUCCGACAGAAAUGAUGAUUACUGGUCCGGCUAUUUCACAUCUCGUGCCUUCUUCAAGAAACUGGACAGAAUCCUCGAAUCCAGACUGAGAUCAGCUGAGAUAAUAUUUUCAAUGGCAAACAUGUUUGUGCAAUCGGAUAACAAUGCAGUAGCUAAUUUGUGGGAAGGGCUGGCGACAGAAUUGAUGGGUAAGCUGACUGUAGCAAGACGACAUCUGGGCUUGUUCCAGCACCAUGAUGGAAUCACGGGAACCUCAAGGGAUCCUGUUGUGAUUGAUUACGGCAAAAAGUUGUUCCAAGCCCUCGCUUUCGCCUCCGAAGUUAUCACUCAAAGCGGACAAUAUUUGCUGCUAUCUGGAGAUCCUCUAUACGUUAGUAAACAUGCACCGAAGACCCUGGAAGCAUUCGUGAUUGAUGAGUCCAGAACAGCACCGGAGUCGAUCGAAGGAAUCCAUUUUGUGCCUAUGAAAAAUACGAAGGCAGGGAAGAUGAAAGAAGUUGUUUUUUACAAUUCGCUUGGAUUUCAGCGACAGCAGAUAGUGUCGGUUUUAGUCGAUAGUCCAAAUGUAGAGGUGCAGUGUCACAAAGGUUUCAAUGUUCAUGCUCAAAUUGCACCGAAAUGGAUGGCAGAAACUUCUUCGUGGACUAUCGAGUUAGACCCAAAUCUAUACGAGCUCUGGUUCACAAUUAAUACGAAACCUCUCUCUUUGACAAGAUACUUCAUUGUGGCGAGAAAGAAGCCUGCUAGAAAAGCGACUUCAAUAUCGACCUUGUAUGCGAUGAAUGUGGUAAAAGAAGUUGGAGAGAAGUUUCCUGCUAGCGGUUUCCAGAUCGAGAACACGGAGCCAAAAGAGUUUAAGCUCUCAAACUACCACUACAUUCUGUCAUUCGGAGAGAACGGACUACUCAAAUCGAUCAAAGAUCGCAACACAGAGCGAGUGAUAAAUGUGGGGCUGAGUUUCGCUGCCUACCAUGUGAACAGGGGUGGGGCAUACCUGUUCUAUCCCGGAGGACCCCCAAAGCCACUGCCCUCACUUGCGCCUCCGGUGGUGGUGGAGAAAGGUCAUUUGUUCAGCCGGGUGACAGUGAUGUUCGAUAAUGUGAUGCACUCAAUUAGAAUUAUGAACUCACCAGGGCUAGAUGGCUACUCGAUUGCUGUUUCAAACCUGGUGGAUCUGCGAAAGACUAGCAACAGAGAACUGACAAUGAGAAUAGAUGCGACUGAUCUGAUGAAGAUGGACGACGGGGAAGUGAAGAAGACCUUCUACACUGAUCUGAAUGGGUUCCAGAUGCAAGCCAGGCACUAUCACUCCCAGUUGCCACUGCAAGCGAGUUUCUACCCCAUGCCUUCACAAAUGAUAAUCAAUGGAGUGAAGGGAUCAGCGAGAGUGACUCUCCACUCUGCACAGUCUGCAGGGGCAGGUAUCACCCCAGAAGGAUUCAUCGACAUCAUGCUUGACAGGAGACUCAUGCAGGACGACGGAAGAGGAGUUCAACAAGGUGUGAAGGACAAUAAACUGACCCCGAAUGACUUUUGGCUAGUGCCAGAGUUCUUCGACAACUCUCUCGGAACUGCACGAGAUGCCUCUGAUUACGCAAUUAAACCGACAGUGAUGUCUCAGCAGGCCAAUUUGGCUCUUAAUAACCCACUCAUUGCUCUUUUACCUGCGGAUGACAGCAAACAGGUGAACGAAGGUCAUUCGGGCAAAGUACCUUCUCCAGGUGGAUUUCAAGGUCAGGCGAAGAGUUAUUUGCCAUGUGACGUGCAUCUACUGAACCUGCGGACUAUGAACUUGGAAGAAAAGGAGGCGCUUUUGAUUCUUCAUCGAUUGGGUCAUUCGUGUCGUGUAGCAUCCUCAGGGAAUUUGGUCCCAACCAAUUGUUCGCUGAAUAAUGGAAUAAUAGACCUGACUAACGUGACAAAGGACCUGUUCAAAUUCACGGAAUAUUCUUUGAACGGAAUCCACAACUUGAGCGAGGCGCACCAGAAAACUAUCCAGAUAAACCCAUUUGAAAUCAAUACUUAUUUGAUGCAACUGGACAAAAAAUGAAGAUGAUUGGAUCUAUUGGGCUCGUGAUUUCGUUCAUCGAAUGUCUCUUAAAUAUUACGCAAGAAGAGAAACCUAAAAGUAGUUGUCUUCAAAGCUAACCUAAACACAAGCUAAUUUUUUUGCUGCCAAAAUGGUUUAAAAAGACAGGAGUGGGCGUAUAAAUGUACAAAUUAAAGGACCAUGGUUUACGGCGGUACAUAUACCAUAUGCAGUGAUUGAUGGGUUUGAAUUUUAUUACUAGUGAUCGUUAACAUAAUAGAUUCGGGUUUCCUAAUAACAUUUUAGUUAUAAAUUGUAUGAUUGUAUCUAUUGUAAAUAAUUUUCAAUAUAUAUGGACGGGUUUAUGGAUUUUUAUAUCUUCACGUAGCAAAAUGAGCGUUAAUCUCAAUGUUUAAGAGGCAAAAACUUUGUAGAAACUCUUUAAACAAGAUGAACUCGACUCAAUUUCAA